CAAGAAAGAAGAGGAGGCAAAACCGGUGGCGUGCUGCUCCCCUUCCUCCAAGAAAACAACGGCCUCCCCCUUCCUCUCGGCGCCAUCCCCGAUUCCAUCCACUCGAUCGCUCUCGCCGGCCGCCGUCGUCCUCUCCUGACAGAUCGCUCGCUUUCCUCGAGACUUACGAUGGAAUCCAGCAAGACACAAUCUCAAGAGUCCGCCUCUUCUGUUCCAAAGAACCCAGCCAUGGCCUCUUGUCGGAAGAAGAAGUCUGAUGACGCAACAUUCCUCGAAGAUCUGAAAGACCAUAUUGAUGAGUUCAUCCAUGCUUCCAUGGACGAGCACAAGACAUGCUUCAAAAACACCAUUCAGAAGAUGUUUGGGAUGUCAAAGGUCGUCGCAGAGCGUUCAGCUGAAGCAAAGGAAGCUGAAGUCGAAAGCGCUUUGCCGCUUCAGACCAGUGUCUCGCGGUAGAUUGCAACGGUUGAUGGCAGCUUAUUGUUGCCUUCUACUCCGUCUGAUCCUGUGGAACUUUGCAGUCAGAAUAUUGUAAUAACAGAAGAAUAUUGUGCUGCUUUUAAGUGAUAUUUGCUGUUUUUACAUUUUGAAAACGGAUGUUGACCAAGUAGGAAUACAAUUCAGAGAGUCAGACUGUAAUAAGUACCAAGUUUAUGCUGAUCAGUCUUGCUCAUAUAUCAGAUUCCUACUAGCUUGGUAGUAACUUCUGCUACAUGAGGUCUAACCUUUGUUUCAGAGGGGCUACAAGAAUUCGACCCAGGAGACUCCAGACGCUGAUAAUGGGUAUGGGCUGAAUUUCACAUGGGCCUGAUCAUCAUUCCCAGGAUGAGGUUUUUUCCCUUCUUUUUGAUAUGUAGCAUGUUACUCUCCCCUUCUCCAGUUU